UUUAAAGUGAAAGGCGAGGGAAAUAACCUGUGCUUCGUUUUAUUUGUUUUCGAGAGCCAUUCUUUGCCAUUAUGGAUUCCGAUGGAUCAGAUCCAAAACGGGGACGGGUGAGAAAGAAAUCGGCCAAAUUGCGAGAGAUGGAAGAAUUUGAAGAAGAAGAGAGAAAGCAUGGUGGGAAGAAAGUCUCUGACACCAAAACCACAGAGGGAGCAGUGGGAAUUUUGUCUCCUCCCAUGAAGAAAGCCAAACUGAUCGGAAAGACUGACGCAGUUGGGGGAAAGCCUUCAGCGUUUGGUUCACCCCCAGUCCCUACAAGUCCUGGGAAUGAUCCACAGGCCAGAGGCAGUGUCAUUAAGCUACUGUUAAGCUCACCUGUGCAGCAAAGCACUCCUGCAGGUAAAACUGGAAAAAAAGGCACUAACGAACCUGUUGAAGAUGUCUCACCUGUGCUGGCUUCAGGAAAGAAAGCCGCCAAAGUUAAGAAAACUGGUUCUGGUGACACCGAGGAGAAAAAUGUUAAGUUAAAGUUGCAGCUCGGGUCUAGCCCCCCUGUUCAGGGAGGACCAGAGAAAAAAGGGAAGGGUGUGGAGAAAGUCGCUCCAUUGUCCGUGGACACAACGUUCCAGUCUGAAGCCAUCGGCGAAGAGGGAAGUCUGAAAAUGAAAUUCAUUCUCUCCCCAAAAGAAAAGAGUGAGACAACAACACCUGUUACCUCUGGGAAGAAAUCUGUGAGUGUGGAGAAAGCCAGUAACCAAGGUCUUCUGUCCAUUCUCAAAGGGGCGUCUGCAGCUAGUGCUAAUAAAAAGGGAAAGAAAGCAAAACAGACUGGCAGUGGGGAGGUUGUGGUGGCCGCAGGAAGUGACGUAAAAUCACCCUCAAAGUUGCCAGACACUGGCUCAACAGGAGCUGUGGAUAAAGGAUCAAAGCAGACUGGAGUCAAGAGGAAGUUAGAGCAGACGGUUGUGGUGAAAACCAACCUGUCAAGUUCUGUGGAAUACUCACUUCCGGCUGAUCACAGUCUGGAGUACAUGGACUUAUCCUCAUUUGACUUUGACGAUGAUGGAGAAUUAGUUAUAGCUGAUGAAAACAAAACAAAGAAACUGCAGAAGAAAACUGGAAGCAAGUCUCCGAAGAAAGCGAAGACCCCACCAGGGGGAUCAGCAUCUUCCUCUACAGCCCUGAAUGAAAAUGAAUUUUCAUUGGAUGAUUCUCAGCUGGCCAGCAGUGAUGUAGCAGAACUUGCUAAACGUGUCAAAUCUGCUGCUGAAAAGAAAAUGAACAAGAGGGUGAAAAAGGGCAAGCCUGAAAAGGAAGGUGAUGGACUGCAGAAAGAGAAGAAGAAGCGUCCUCCCACAGCGUAUAUGUUGUGGUGUAACUCCUACAGACAUAAGGUUGUGGCUGAAAUCCCUCGGGCAGACUUUGUUCAGAUCAGUAGGAGGCUAGGGGAGUUGUGGCAAGCUCUGUCUGAUAAGGAAAAGCUGGCUUGGAAAAACAAGGCCAGGAAGAGUGCUGGGAAGGGAUCUACUCUGAUAAGUACAGGUAAGAGUGGCGGGAGCCGGACAGGCCCGCCUCCACAGGUUACCUCGCAUGCUCAGAGCUCCACCUCCAGCACUGCCGUCAAGACACACACUCCCGUCGUCAGUAAGCCACGCCCAACACAGGAUGAUUCACUCGGCUCUGUAAAGGGUUUUGGCACUGAGCCAGUAGAUGUGGCAGCUCAUCUUAAACUUGUUGGGGAAUCUCUGUGUAUUAUUGGAGUGCGAUUACAGGAGCAUAGGGGUCUGAUAGCAGUACAGGGCAGUUUGUCAGUGUUACUGGAUUCAAUGUUGUGUGCCUGUGGACCUUUGAUGUGCCUUACCCAGCAGCUACCCGAACUGAAUGGAUGCUCUAGUCAGGUUCAUGCCAAAACAUUGGACAAUGUGGCCUAUAUCAUGCCAGGCUUGUGAGAGAUAGGGAGAGAGGGAAACAGCAACAGAGAAUCAGAAAGUGCCACAAUUAACCUAAUCAUGGCUAUUGUAUUCAAUUUAACUUUAGGAAAAAAUUCCAUGAAGUUUUCAGCUUUAAGGAAAAGUUAACUCAAACCGAAGCACAAGAAAGACAAGAGAGAGUUGUGUCAAGAAACACUUAGUUAACUUUCUAUCAGAAAGACAAGAGAGAGUUAUGCCAAGAAACACUUAGUUGACUUUCUAUCAGAAAGACAAAAGAGUGUUGUCAAGAAACACUUUGUUAACUUUCUAUCAGAAAGACAGAGAGUUGUGUUGAGGCAUAUCUUUUUCACCUUUUUAUAUUUUUUUUGAAAGCAUUUAAAAUAUUUAGGUCUAUGAUGGCCUGUUGGGACCAUAACAAAGUCCACUGAUGUCACAGGAAAUGUUUGCCAUAUUAAAUACACAGUCCGAUUCUGAUAUUUUUACAUUUUAAAUACCUGUAUGGCCUACAUUCAGGACCAUGGAUUCAUGACUCCGAUUGUUCAUGUCAGAAACUGUAUAAAACAAAAACAUGUCCUGUGAUGUCACUGGACCCUGUUCUGGUACCCUGAUCACUGUAAAAUCCAUUAUUUUAAAUGCUUUCAACUUGGUUAGAAAAAUAACCAAAAAAAAAAGAAAAAAAAAGUUUUCUUAUACCAUUUGAAAUUGUUUCUUUGAUGCAUACUUCAUUCUUAUGUUUACUUUUCUUUUAAACUGCAUCCUUCUGUAAAGUAUAUUGCAAAGUAGAAUCAUUUUUUGUCAUAUGACAGUUUCUUUACAUACUUUGCAUUUAUUCUUGUUCGUGGGAUUUUUGCAAUUUGGUAUUUAUUCGUGUAGGUACGUGUAUGUACCCUGUCAUAAACUUAAUACACAUGUCCUCUAUCAUUGUUGUACAUAGAAUUAUGUAGCAUUGUCAUCGCCACCCA